ACUAUUAGAAGGGAAGAUCAGUGGCUGAGUGCUCAGGUAGCACAGAGAGAUGUUCUGGUUCAGCAAGGAUGCUCUUGCAACUUUCAACUUCCAACAUAUAGAUUCUUCACAAUAGCUACAAGUUAAACAACGUAUUUACCAUCUAUUUCUUCAUUGUUGAGGACCUGAGCAGGAUUUAUAGCUAUAAGCAUGCCCAAAUACUAUAUUGUGAUAUAUUGAACACAGAAAGAGUAAUAUAUACCAGAAAAAAUAGGUAGCAUGCAAAACCCAGCGGGCGUUUUAAGCAGAACCCCCCCCCCCACACAUAUUAAGAAAAUUAGCAGGAAAAAAAUGUUUGGGUAAAAGAACGACAGAUGCACAAGUACGAGGGAAAGGGAGGAGCCACCAGGUGACAGGGGAGGAGAAGGAUGCUCAUGACUUUCAGGCAGACUGGAGGGAAGCACCAGUGGAAAAUAAGUAAGACAACAAGUGAAGAUGGCUCCCCAGCUCUACAUCACCAUGUACAAAGAGCAGUUUGCCUCUCCCGGCAGACCGAAACGAGAACAACUUCGACCCACCUCUGCCCACCGCAGGAACAACCCCCAGCCCCGGCCGGACUUUCUGUUUCCCCGGAGUCUUCAGGCCAACUACAGGUCAUGCCGCACACUACCCCACUCCCCUGUGGACAUUGGGCGUCCUCUCUUCCCCCCUGUCAAAAAUGUAUCAUUCCAAAGUCCAGUAACGACUAGUCCACACAACUACCUAAACACAGCGAACACAGGCAAACCAAACCGCAUGCCCCCUGUCAACCCAUCAACAGUACAAGCUCCACCCUCUGCUGAUGGACUGCAGAAACUACAGCUGAAUGAGCCUCCUGCUGGAUUUAAACUCCACGCAGCUUUGAAGAACCCAGCAAGAAUGGAUUAUCAGAGGAAUGUUCAUCCACUCUCAGCACAGCAACUCAGGCAACAUGCAGGUGCUCAAAUUCGGACAAGACCCCAAACCAGCAACCCUCAACACCACUUUCCGGGGACACAAUACAGGAGGUCUAGUUCUAGUAGCAGCAAUGAUUAUGGCGGGUGCUACAGCUGCUUCCAUGUGGUGAAGCCCUACCAAGCUGGACACUACAUCAUACACCCAGAGUUUGUGUCUGAGUGCCAGUGUUAGUACUAUUAGACCACUGGCUUCCACAGUGGGGACUGGGGGACCUACAGAGGUCCUUGAGGGAAUGGUUAACUUCACUAUUGUUUAAUUCUCCACUAAUUAACCCAGCGAGACAAGGUGUAAUAAUGAAUAAUCUAACUGUAGGCAGCACUCUCACCAUUACUAUCUCCCUACGUAACAGCGUGGUUACUUUUACAUUCCGUACUAAAUCAGCAGCAAAGAUCUUCCCAUAAGGGGCUUGUGGUGAUUAAACCGAACGAGGCGCUGUGGCCCUAAUGUGUAUCUGUAUGUGGCAUUAUAAUUGUAUCCUAUACUAGAGAGAUACUUUUCUACAUUUGAUAUAGGAAUUCUUUGUUGCAUGUUUGGAGGGUUUGCAGCUUUAAUACUGCAAACAAUGAACUUUACAGUUACAGACUUAUUAUGGUGAUUAUUAUAGGUUAUUUCUAGUGAUACUAUAGUAGACAAAUUAUACUGCACAGCACAUAUAGACCUCAAGUCCCCAUAGAAAUGUGUUUUCUUUUCUUCUAACUUUGCGAAUUGCACACUUGCCUCUUGCUGUACAUCCAGUGUGUUAUGUGAAGUUUUUCCAACUAGAGUGACAUGCUCAAAACAUGUAAAACUGUGUAAUCUGUAUAUAAUGAGAAAAUAAACAAUUAUCUGCUCCCA